UUACGUCCAAUCCGGGAACUAAAAGUCACCAAAAUACGGUCUGCGGUCGCUGUGUGCCUUCAAAUUGUGUGUAAAACGACACCCGGUCGAAGCUACUUUUAAUUUUUGUCGUUUUGAUAGCUUUUAAUUUGUUAGCCUAUCCCCCGAGUUAGCUGAAAAGGUUUUGCGAUGGAAGACAAACAAACAAAGCGAACACAGCCGGACGGAAGCCAACAGCCGACGAAUCCCUGGAACUUGAUGAUCAAACACAGGCACGUCCACAGGAGAGGACGACGCUCACACAUGGCCGUCAGUUACACAGAUCCGCAGGUGUCCAUGGACCUCCUGAGGGCGGUUCUUCAGCCGAGCUUCAAUGAUGACAUCAUGGCCGUGUUCAGGAAAUACCACAUGUUUUUUGAGAAGGCGGCACACAACGUGAAGGAGAACAUCGGAGACGAGGUGCACACGGAUCAGCUCAUCAAGGACGCCUGCAGGAAUGUCCUGGAACAUGCCAAAGUUUUGUUUCCCGAAAGUGACGCGAAGAAGUCAAGUUCCGAGAUGACCAUCAAGCGUUCUCGAGGUUCUGAAGAAAACUGCAGCCAAAGAGGAAGUCCAGUCCCAAAAAAGAGAAAGAACCGCGUGAGCGGCGCCGUGGCGUCUGACCGAUCUUUGAACGUCUCCUCUCACGUGAAGGUGAAGUGUGAAGCCGUCAAAAAGGAAGGACCCAAGUGGGAGCCGUCCAGAUUGAAUGAAAGCAGCACGUUUGUUUUGGGCUCCAGAGCUAACAAGGCCUUGGGGAUGGGCGGGACCAGAGGGCGAAUUUAUAUCAAACACGCUGACCUCUUUAAGUACGCGGCAGACACAAAGGACAAGCAGUGGCUGGCGGAGCGUCAUCACAUGAGGGCGACGGGCGGAAAGAUGGCCUACCUGCUGAUCGAGGAGGAUGUCCAGGAUCUGGCGCGCGGCGACGAUUACAAGGACUCCCCGGACGUGAAGAUGGACGAGAUGAAGCCGUUCUGUGUUCCUCUGUGGAUGGUGGAGAAGAUGCAGAGGGCCAUGGAGGCGCAGAGGGACACGGAACUCUGAAGGUCCUCCAAGUGUAUUAAAAAAAAAAAAGACUAAA